AAGAUGGCGGCUCCAAAUGCCGGGAUUUCGAGCCGGCUCGUCCAGUACGUGGUGGUCCGUUCGGAUCUGGUCCACGAGCUGUCGUGGCCCUUGGGGGCCGUGAUCACGCAGGCCUGCCACGCCGCCACCGCCGCCAUCCACCUGCACUACGGAGACCCGGACACCCAGCGGUACCUGGCGGAGCUGGACUCCAUGCACAAGGUGGUGCUGGGGGCCCCGGACGAAGCCGCCCUCUCCGGCCUGUCGGAGCGCCUCACGGAGGCCGGCGUGGCCCACAAAGUGUGGGUCGAGCAGCCGGAGAACAUGCCGACGUGUUUGGCCCUGAAGCCCUGCCACAAAGAGACGGUGCAGCCGCUGCUGCGGAAGCUCAAACUCUUCAAAUGAUGGGAGCUUUUCUCCUGCG